GGAGAAAAUGCACUUCAACCGAUACAACUACCAGAACUUGGAGAAGGUCUAGUACCAUCACUACUCCAAGUAUCACUAGCCCUCCAGGAAAUACUCCAACGGCUGCCUCGAUAACACGUACUACUCCGACCACGAAUAACAUUACAUCACCAACUACAAACCAAGAACCUACUUCAUCUUAUGAACCGUUCUUACAUUCAAGUGUAGGUAAUGUUAAGAGUAGUCGUUUUAGAGAUAUUGAAUUGUGGGCUAGUAUAGGGUCUUCGAUUGUUGUUAUGUGGUUGUUAUAG